AUGAUGAUAAGUUUUAAUGUGAAUUCAUACCCAAUCAAUUUUGAACUGACUGAAUGGACAAACAUUGAUAAAACUAAUACAGACUUACAACAUGAUUGUCUUUAUGUUUUAAUGUCGAUUCAGCCUCAAAUAACGCUUUACUAUCUGCAGUACAUUCCUAUUCUCCGAAAUUUCCGUCAAAUGACAUCAUUAUGUUUAAGUGAAUGGCCAUCCACAUGGAAGAUUCAGGAAAAUACACGAGAUCAAAAACUUACUUUUUCUCAACUGGCUGAAUUGAAUAUAACCAGUCAGCAAUUAUAUCAUUGGUCAGCACCAAUAGAUAUUAUUGAGUCUUACCAAUCCUAUUUGAAUCAACUAUUAACUUCAAACAAUAUUUCUUUAUCAACGAAAGUUUUUUAUAAUUGUACAUCACCAAGAUUUGGUCCAAAGUGGCAAUAUUUAUUUCCUUUUCGAACAACGUCAAAACUGACAUCAGUAUACGAGCUAAUUCAGGGUUUCUAUUUAGAACGAACUUAUCAAACAGACGCACUAUCAUGUUAUAGUCAUUUAAAUUGUCGUUUUGGUUCAGUAUUGCUAUGCCUUGAUUGGAAUCAAAUUUGUGAUGGUUUCAUUCAGUGUAACAACGGAGUUGAUGAGCAAGACUGCUGGCAAAUGGAAACGAAUCAAUGUAAAGAAAACGAAUAUCGAUGUCGAAAUGGUCAGUGUAUAUCCUCAGUGUUUCUUGAUGACAAUGCUUUUGCUAUUGAAUGUCUUGAUCAAUCAGAUACAAAAGUGAAGUUAUAUUGGGAUACAGGUCUACGAGAAUUGUAUGACCCUCAGCGACCACUAUUCAUCAAUGAGGAAGUGCUUAUUUACAAUGGCACUGGUCAUUUUGGUCCAUUUUAUAGACAUCGCGACCGCAGGUAUAAUUUUAUUUAUCAUAUGACAUCACAACCCGAUAAAUCAAUGUUACGCACAUGCUGGUUACCACUUUACUGUUAUCUUAAAUUUUUGGGCCCUUUGGAACAUAGUUGUAGAAGUAUCUGUUCAAAAGAACACUGCCAGAAACGAAUUAAUGAAAGUUG